AUGGACACCGCGAGGCGCUCCUCAAGGGCUGCUCGAGGGAGUCAAUCACUGCAAUCGAAUUCAUACCACUCGUCUGCCUCUUCUAACUCAUCCGGGCGAGGCGAUAGAGCUACUCGAUCACAUAACAAGGCCGAAUCUCCCAGGAAGUCGACUCCCUCGGCUUCCUUGUCCUCAGAGCCACCCGACGAGUCGAUCGCGAUCGCGCCGGACGACACCAUUCAAACACGUCGAAAACGUGGUCGAGCUGAAGAGCAACCCAAAUCAUCGAAGUCACAAGCUGCGCAGGUUGAAAUGGGGAAUGGCGCAGAGGAAGGUGGAGAGGAGGACGAAGCUGUCCGGUGCAUCUGUGGCCUCGACGAGUACCCAGGCCCUCCACAGCUUGGCGAAGAAGACAGCAAACAUGGAAUCAAGGAGGGAAUUGAGGAACCUUUAAUCACACCAGCAGACUUCACAGAGGACUUGGCUGGGUUUUUCUUGCAAUGCGACAUGUGCAAGGUUUGGCAACAUGGCGGUUGCGUUGGAAUCAUGAACGAAGACACAAGUCCCGAUGAAUAUUUCUGCGAGGAAUGUCGAAGCGAUUUACACAAGAUAUUUACAGCUCCUAAUGGUCAACGAUACUCUCAUUACCUUCCUCUCUACCAAAGCUUGUCUCGAACAACCUCCAGAGCAGCAUCUUUUUCGAAAGAUGGCACAAGAUCACCCCGAGGCAGUAAGAGUGGUCGACCAUCUUCCAGUCUCCAGAGCGCCAAAAGAAGAUCAACGAUGAAUAGUAGAGAUGCUGCUUAUGAUGAGGAGGAACAGCUACGACGAGCGAUCGAGGCUAGCAAAGGAGAGAAGAGUGGUGAAAGCACUGAUGGAGGAGGCACUAAGCGUGGAAAACGAGGUCGAAGUGAGAGCGAAGAAAAACAAGAAGGUCCCAAGAGACAGCGAACUGCGUCUGCCUCGACCUCGCCCCCUCGCGAACUGCACCGUCAAGAGUCCCAGGCUGACUCGGAUGAUGGCACAAAUGGUCGAGUUUCGACGGCGAAAAAGAUUAGAGGCGCUGCAGCACGAAAUUACAAGGAGAAAGAGGCCAGGGAAGAGCGAGAGAGGUCUAGGAAAGAAGCAGCCCAGAAGCGUAUGGGCCGAGCAGAGCGACGAAGGGUUGAUGACCCCGCUGAGGAUGCACCGCUUGCGUCCAAAAUUCCAAUUCCCAAAGCUAUAGAGAUCCCAGCCCCACCGUUAGAACCGCCCACCUCCUCCCAGGUUGCGACACCAGAUACUCCACCACCAAUCGUACCUGCUCCGUCCCACAAGAAGGGUGGAAGGCCGCCAAACAAUAGGAAAGGAAAGUUAGGAAAAAAUCAAUACACUAAAGAUAGGGAUCAAGAUCACGAUGAUCAUUCUCCUCAUCGGUCACAGUCUCGGGAUGUAGCCAGGACUGAGGAGGGGCACGCGUCGGGAAACAAGAGCGCGAAUCAUGAGGGCAAGCCCUCAAAAUCAAAAGGCAGUCAUAGUAAAAUAACGAUGGCAGACAUGAAGAAGAGAGUCGCAGGCAUUCUCGACUUCAUUUCCCGAACGCAGCUCGAAUUGGCUAGCGAGUCAUUAUCACCCGCAGCAGGAGAGGCGACGGAGAAACUUAUCCGAGGAAUAGCGGAUGGGCUGCCAAUGAUCAAGGUUAACGGCGAGAACGGGAACGAGCCAAAAUCUAAUGAAGGUGGAGAAGCGGCCCCAACAAAAGAUUUCAAGGACCUUUCCUGUGUAGAAAUGAUGGAUGUUUUGACGAGGCAAUUGGUCAAAUGGCAAAAGGAGUUUGCAUGA